CGGGAAGCAGAAGGGUUGCUCCUCGCCUUUAGCGGGAGAAAGGGGAGCGGCGCAUGCAGGGGUCCUGAGUGAUGGUAGUAGCUAACACUUCCCCUAAGCCCUCGCUCCGUGCCAGGCGCUGGGCUGCGCAGUUGGGGUGCCUGUGUCCCUCUCACGACGACCCGAGGAGGUUGAAUUGACCAAAGCAAUGGUGAUGGAGAAGCCUAGUCCCCUGCUGGUCGGGCGGGAAUUUGUGAGGCAGUAUUACACGCUGCUGAACCAGGCCCCAGACAUGCUACACAGAUUUUAUGGAAAGAACUCUUCUUAUGUCCAUGGGGGAUUGGAUUCAAAUGGGAAGCCUGCGGAUGCGGUCUAUGGACAGAAAGAAAUCCAUAGGAAAGUGAUGUCACAAAACUUCACCAAUUGCCACACUAAGAUUCGACAUGUUGAUGCUCAUGCCACUCUGAAUGAUGGUGUGGUGGUCCAGGUGAUGGGGUUGCUCUCUAACAACAACCAGGCUUUGAGGAGAUUCAUGCAGACAUUUGUCCUUGCUCCUGAGGGCUCUGUUGCAAAUAAGUUCUACGUUCACAAUGAUAUCUUCAGAUACCAAGAUGAGGUCUUUGGUGGCUUUGUCACUGAGCCUCAGGAGGAAUCAGAGGAAGAAGUAGAGGAACCUGAAGAGAGACAGCAGACACCUGAGGUGGUACCUGAUGAUUCUGGAACUUUCUAUGAUCAGACUGUCAGCAACGACUUAGAAGAACAUUUAGAGGAACCUGUUGCUGAACCAGAGCCUGAUCCUGAACCAGAGCCGGAGCAAGAGCCUGUAUCGGAAAUUCAAGAGGAAAAGUCUGAGCCCGUGUUGGAAGAGACUGUUCCUGAGGAUGCUCAGAAGAGCUCUUCUCCAGCACCUGCAGACACAGCUCAGACAGCGCAGGAAGACUUGAGGACAUAUUCUUGGGCAUCUGUGACCAGUAAGAACCUUCCACCCAGUGGAGCUGUUCCAGUUACUGGGAUACCACCUCAUGUUGUUAAAGUACCAGCUUCACAGCCUCGUCCGGAGUCUAAGCCUGAAUCUCAGAUUCCACCACAGAGGCCUCAGAGGGAUCAAAGAGUGCGAGAACAACGAAUAAAUAUUCCUCCCCAGAGGGGACCUAGACCAAUCCGUGAGGCUGGUGAGCAAGGUGAUGUUGAACCCCGAAGAAUUGUGAGACACCCUGACAGUCACCAGCUCUUCAUUGGCAACCUGCCUCAUGAGGUGGACAAAUCGGAGCUUAAAGAUUUCUUUCAAAAUUAUGGGAAUGUGGUGGAGCUGCGCAUUAACAGUGGUGGGAAAUUACCCAACUUUGGUUUUGUUGUGUUUGAUGAUUCUGAGCCUGUUCAGAAGGUCCUUAGCAACAGGCCCAUCAUGUUCAGAGGUGAGGUCCGUCUGAACGUGGAAGAGAAGAAGACUCGAGCUGCCCGGGAAGGGGAUCGUCGGGAUAACCGCCUGCGGGGACCCGGAGGCCCUCGAGGUGGGCUGGGUGGUGGAAUGAGAGGCCCUCCCCGUGGAGGCAUGGUGCAGAAACCAGGAUUUGGAGUGGGAAGGGCACUUGCUCCAAGGCAGUGAAUUGCUCUUCACCGAUCUUCGCACAGCAGGACAAACCCCAGCUCCUGCAGAAUGGUGAAUUUCUUCAGCCAGCCUUUGGUGUCUUGGAGUAUGAUCCCCUAGUCUGUUAUAAACUGCUUAUGUUUGUACAAUUUUACUUUUUGUGGUGUGCUCCCUCCCCCUCCCUUCCCUCUCCUCACCUUUUAGUCCUUCACUUCCAAUUUUGUGGAAUGAUAUUUUAGAAAAAAACGGAUUUUUAAAGAAGAAAAAAAGACUGAAUUUCCUUGCUUUACUUGGCAUUAUACAGACUGGAUUUUUCUUUUUAACAGCCAUUUCCCCAAAGGAAUGUGUCUUGCUUAUUACUGACAUUUGGUAUGUUUCAUUCAUUGGAAUAUUUCUUACUUAUUUUCUACGUGUUUCAAAAGCCUGUGAGAAAAACAGGAUUUGAUAAACAUUUUGAAGUCAGGAAAAACCGAAAUUGUUUCUUUGAAAGUCAUGACUACCUUCUGGUGUGGAGAAAUUGCCAUUGGAAAAAUUGACAAUUUUGAUUCUCAGUGGUAUGGUUGAAAACUGAAUAAAAGGUGUUACUAGAGUUUUUCUCGUCUGCUAUGUGAUCACAAAACAAUUCUAAAACCUACUGUUUUUACCAUCGAAAUUUAAAUUGCGAGAUAGGUUUUAAAUGUCUAGAAUGCAACUGAUAUGCUUUUCUUGAACUGUUAGAUUUUUUUGAAGUAGAGUUCUUUCAUGUUUAAUUUGUAUUUGUAAAAAAACAAAAAAACAAAAAAAAUCCCCAAAUCUGAAUAACACAAAACCAGAGCAAAAAACUGUUGUGCCUUCUAUUUAUCUUUGAUUCCACUCUUGCAAUUGUUUAAAGAAAAACAAUAAAAAAAACAAGUCUA